GGGAGUGGUGUUUCUCGGCCGCUGCACAACAGAUGGUCUCGCUGUGGAUCUGGACUUAUCAUGAAGCUGUAAAUUGAAAACAAAUUUGUAUAUUUCUUUAAGUUUCUUUACGUUCACCAAAGAUUUGUGUUCAUCUGGACGACAACCAGGUGCCUGGGUGGAGCAUAUCCAUAAGAUGGUGGAGAGUGUUUCUGGAGAACUUUCAUAGUGUUUUGUUGAUAUUCAAGAUUCCAUCUUUUAUAAGGUUUUAGAAGAGAGUUCUCGAGGACGAUGAUGAUGAACGACAGUUGGACCAUCAUGAACAACAGCAGCUCAGAUAUCGACAGCAAACGAUCAAACAAAUACAAGAAAUGCUGCUGCAGCUUCCUCUCAUGGUUCGCCAUCGUGUUGGUCAUCACAGUAGCCAUCGUCACAGCAACAUUCACCAUCCUUUACCUAAACAAGUAUCCUCUGCCCUUCAUCAGCAGGGGUGAAGUCUUUUCCUCACCAGCAAUUAUGACCAAUCCCAAAGAUUCUGGCGCCCUGGUGACAAUAUCACGUGUCACAGCUGGAGAACCAAUCAACAUCUUCUUGGAUUCCAACUGUCCAGACUACAGUGAUAACCUUCUGCGGUGGGAGGCCCUGCAAAGCUCUCUGCGGCAAUCACUGAGCAGUCACAAUGCAGACGACUGGCAGGAGAGGGGAUUGGUGCAGAAGCUGGCCGAGGAGCUGAAGGUGAUAUCAGGCCAUGCCCAUAACCUGAGGGUGGAAUAUGAUUCACUGAAAAGAAACCAAGGUGUUGUAAAGCAAAGACUGGACAGCAUGCAGAGUGAGCAGGAUCACAUCUUACAGGUGCUGACUGACAAUCACUCAGGUGUGUUGAAGCUGGCUGCAGGUUUCAGUGAUUCUCUGUUAAGCCUGCAGAGAGAGACAGAGAGUCUCAGGAUACUUAAAGGAGAACUGCAGAAACACAGCAACUACAGAGCUGUCAGACCCAGAGACUGCAGUGCUGUCAUGGCAUCUGGCGUCACUCAGGACGGAGUCUAUUCUGUGUUUCCAACUCAUGCCGCUGCUGGCUUCAUGGUGUACUGUGAUAUGACCACUGAUGGAGGAGGAUGGACGGUGAUCCAGAGGAGGGAAGAUGGUUCUGUGAAUUUCUUCAGAGGCUGGGAUGCAUACAGAGAUGGUUUUGGAAAAACUACAGGAGAGCACUGGCUUGGUCUCCAGAGGAUAUACUCUUUCACUCAGUCUGGUGGUUAUGAGUUACGCAUUGACAUGGCGGACUUCGAUAAUGCCACAGCAUUUGCUCAUUAUGCUGAUUUCUCUGUUGGACGAGACUCUGUAAAUCCAGAGGAGGAUGGUUACCCUCUGAGUGUGGACAAGUAUUCUGGGACUGCAGGUGACUCCCUCCUGAAGCACUCUGGCAUGCAGUUUACCACCAAAGACAGGGAUCAGGACCAGUCAGAGAACAACUGUGCGACAUACUACCAGGGGGCUUGGUGGUACCGUAACUGCCACACCUCCAACCUGAACGGGCAGUACCUAAAUGGAGGUCAUGCAUCCUAUGCUGACGGGGUGGAGUGGUCAAGUUGGACUGGCUGGCAGUACUCGCUCAGGUUCACCGAGAUGAAGAUACGACCAAGUUCCAAACCAGAAUCCUGAAUUCUGUUCCUGAACCUGAGUUCUUUACUACUAAGUACAAUUGAUAAGUCCUUGUCUUUGACAUAAACUUUACUCUGACCCUAAGCCUGACCUUUGACACAGUAGUUGUAGCAGGGGUCUGCAACCUCUAGUAUCAUAAGAGCCAUUUUUGACCCCUCUGCACCCAAAUAUAAUUAAUCAACCUAUUUGACCCAUAAAAUGAGGAUAAUAUCAUGUAUAAAGUUUUAUAUGUAAGUAUAAUAACUAAAGUUUGUUGCAUUUGUGACAUUUAAUAACAAAAAAGGAAAACCGUUGACAUUUCAUAGGCCUAUUUCAAAAUAAACACAUAAAUAUGUAGACCUACAGUAUUUGUAGGUCAUACUGCGGAAUGUGGAUCCAAAUGUGUACUUCUUCAUGUACACAUUACUUCAUUUAAGUACUGGGAAUGUCUUUCCAUAUUUCAAUGACAAUACCAGGUCUGAAUAGGGUCUUUUUGCGUCACGUUAACAUCUGUGGUGACAUGGAAUGGCUUUUCUUUUAUCUCAGGUCUUUCACACUGCCAGUAGGGGAAUUUGUUUCUCAGAUUUUUCUCCCGUGAGUCAUGUUUGAUGACACACAUUAACUUCCAAGGUGCAGGACACAAGAAACAAACUGAAAAUGUUUCACUUAAGUCCCCUUUUUUAAACUGAAUGAUUCUAGAUCACAGCUUGAACAGUGUGUAAAACAAUGUCACACUCGUAAAGGUGCAGACUCUUAAAAAUAGGAGGCAAAACUAUAGCAGAAAAUGGUGAAAUUGGGGCAUUCACCAGGCAGGGUGUCAUUUUUACGUCAUUACCCAUCGAAGCAAGACUGAGUAACUUAACUCAGGAGUUAAAGAUGAUUGUAUCAGAUUGCUUUGCAGACAAAAGCCAGAUGUAAGUAGCUAUAAGUAGAUUUGGACAAGUGGAAAAAAGGCUCAAUUUAAGUAUGUGGUGUUCAAUGUUAGCAAUGAUGAUGACUUCUUCUUUGAGCCAUAAAAUGAUUAUUGACAUUUCAAAGCACGGUGGGCAGAUAUAAGCCAACAGUUAAUCAAUAGAUGUAUGUGGAUGAUUAUCCUUUGUGCAGUCACAACAUGGGGCAAAUAAAAUAAUUAUUGCCACAGA